AUGUCGCGAGAGGAGAGGCCAAGGUCCAGCUCUCGCCGACGGCAUGAAGCCCAUGAGGAGAGGGAUAGAGACAGUUACGCACGGAAGCGGGCGCGGCGCCACAGCAGCAGCAGGGAGAGCUCCCCCUCAAAGAGAAGAGACAGAAGAGACAGAGAGAGAGAAAGAGAGAGAGAAAGAGAUAGAGACAGAGAGAGAAGAGACAGAGAAAGAGAUAGAGAAAGAGAUAGAGAGAGAGAUAGAGAAAGGAGAUACCAUGAGUUUAUUGAGGAGGAAGAAAGAGAUAGGUUAUUCAUUGAGGAGAGAAGAAAACAGAGAGCAGCAAUACUAGCCAAGCUCAACAGCAGCAGCAGCAGCAGCAGCAGCAGCAGCAGCAGCAGCAGCAGCAGCAAUGGCAGCAGCAGCAGCAGCAGCAGCAGUAAUCAUGUAGAUGCUGCUGCUGCUGCAGCAGACAGACAAAGCGCACCCAAUUCAGAAGGACCAACGCCACAACCAACGGUAGGGAGCAACUCUGCGUGCGCGCCCGACCCUGCUGCUGCUGCUGCUGCUGCUUCUCCUGUUGCAGCAGCAUCAGCAGCAGCAGCAGCAGCAGCAGCAGCAGAAGCAGCAGAAGAGGGUUUGUCUCCUGCUGGUGAUUUGUCUCCUCCUGAUAGUCUAUCUGACGAUGAAGAAGUAGCAGCAGAAGCAGCAGCAGCAGCAGCAGCACGAGAAGCAGCAGCAGCAAGAGAAGCAGCAGAAGACAGCGAGAGCUCCGCCUCUCAACCACCACCCACAGCAGCAGCAGCAGCAGCAGCAGCAGCAGCAGCAGCAGCAGCAGCAAAAGGCAUUGAUAUGUCUUCAUUAAAAAAGAUGUGCAGCAGCAGCAGCAGCAGCAGAAGAAGAAGCAGCAGCAGAUGGUGA